AUGGAAAUUGCUACAUUUGCUGGUGGUUGUUUUUGGCAUAUGCAAACAGUUUUUUCAAAAAUUCCUGGUGUAAUAUCGACUGUUGUUGGUUAUUCCGGUGGUCAUAUUCAUAAUCCAACUUAUGAACAAGUUCGUACAGGAACAACUGGUCAUGCUGAAUCAGUUCAAAUAGUAUUUAAUCCUCAUAUUGUAACAUAUGCGAAAUUAUUAGAGAUAUUUUUCUCAAAUCAUGAUUCAUCACAAAUUAAUCAACAAGGUCCUGAUAUUGGUUCACAAUAUCGAUCAGUCAUUUUUUAUCAUAAUAUUUAUCAAUGGCAAAUAACAAUAAGUUAUAUUCAACAAUUAAGAAUGUUUCGAAUGCUUCCAAUUGUUACUCAAAUUGUACCAUUUCAAGUAUUUUAUCCUGCUGAAACUUAUCAUCAAUUUUAUGAAGCAAAACAUCAAAAUUGA